GACGUCCUUCCUAUACUUGUAUAAAAACUUGUUAAGACUGAUUUCUCAUUUAUUUAAUUCCAUAAAGGAUUCGUAUCAACAAGGAUUCAAUAUGAAGGCGGUUAUAUUUAUUUGUAUUGUUAUUAUCGCGAGUUUGGAAGCGCAUAACGUCCAUUUAUCGGAAACCCAAAAAGAAAAGGUCAAAAGCUACACAGUGGAAUGUAUGAAAGAGUCGGGCGUAAAACCAGAAAUUUUAGCUGAAGCAAAAAAGGGUCACCUAUCUGAUGAUGAGGGUUUGAAGAAGUUCAUACAUUGCUUCUUUCAAAAAGCAAAUAUAAUUACUCCAGAUGGUAAAUUGAACAGUGAUGUAGCUCUAUCGAAACUACCAACCGGUAUUGACAAGAUCGCUGCAGCCAAAACGUUGAACGAAUGUAAAAACAAGAAAGGUGACAACCAAGCGGACACCGCAUUCGAAAUAUUCAAAUGUUAUUACACCAAUACAAAACAACAUGUCUUAUUUGAACUCAUGCUGCGAUUGCUCCGACGCGACGGGAGAAAGGUGCAGGAUCAUCUGAUUUAUAAGCUCUUCAAGGAACGGGGAGGAAUAUUGCCAGCUUCUCAAAUCAAGACCCCGGAGUCGCAUUAUACACUAGCUCUUAGACUAAUUCAACUGAAGUGA